UCUGCUCCUUUGUCACUCACGGGCCUCCAGUCUGACUUUUACGGGAUAAUUUUCUCCCAGUUUGCAGGAAACCCUCCGGACAGAUGCCUCGGCUAGCUGCAGGCAGCGGCACAGUUAACCGGUACAGCAGUGGUGUUGUGUUGCCUUUACUAACUUUAGUUUGACAGAAGAAACUCGGAGUGACUAGUGGUUAGUUUUUCUGUGACCGUGGGUGAUACUGCAGUGUGGCCAGCUUGUUAACUAAUCUAUGCUGAGAGCCGCGUGGUCCAUGUGUCCUCCUCACCGUGAGAAAAGUUGAUUCAUCAUCCUAUUAAUAGCGCGUGUGAGCGCUGAUUGGCUGCUGCAGGAAGAGCUCUGCAAUGGGGCCGAGAAAGAGGGCACAGCCAGACCGGUCAGACCGGUCCGAGCUCGAGGAUUUGGUGGCUAAACACGCGAGAAUCGAAGAAUUUGGCUGGACUGGGGUGAAUGAACGCACCUUCGUUGCCGUAAAACCAGAUGGCGUGCAGCGGAGACUGGUGGGCGAAAUCGUGCGUCGUUUUGAGAAGAAAGGCUUCAAACUGGUGGGGCUGAAACUUGUGCAGGCCUCAGAGGAGCUUCUUAGGGAACACUACUGGGACCUGAGGACCAGGCCCUUCUUCAGUGGACUCGUAACCUACAUGAGCUCGGGACCAGUUGUUGCGAUGGUGUGGCAAGGCUUGGAUGUGGUCAAGACUGCACGGAAGAUGCUGGGAGAGACCAACCCUGCAGACUCGCUGCCUGGAACCAUCCGGGGAGAUUUCUGUGUGGAGGUGGGCAGAAACGUGAUCCACGGCAGCGACUCUGUGGAGAGCGCGCAGAAGGAAAUCUCUCUGUGGUUUCGUCAGAGCGAGCUUCACCGCUGGGAGAGCAGCAGCAGCCGCUGGCUCUACAACUGACUUUCUGCACAAACACUGUCCGAUCUUAAACCACGUUUUUUUGUUUUUAUCAUAUAAGAUGAAUCACGUCAUACCUCAGAUGAACUAUGUUUGGCUUUAGCAGUUUGUAGCUACUUGAAAGCUCAUCUCUGCCGUCCCGUAUUUCAUCUUUUUCAUACAUCAUUUUAUAUCUUAAGGGAGGUGAGACAACACUACCAAGCAAAAUGCACUAACCGAGCAAUAACCUGAGCAGAAACCAGACAGCUUUGGCUUCUGCUUUCUUUCCAGUUUUUGCUUGUUUUUUUUCAGUCCACAAUAUUAAAAAGAAAUACUCAGAACAAGUUUGAGAGGCACUGAUGUAAACAGUUCAUGUAUUGUACAAACAUGUAAUGUUUAUAUGAAGUGUGUCCCAUACAUUAAUGUUUUUUGUAUUUUAUUCUGGCAUUUCUAGCUAAACGGGAGCAGUUUACCAACACAUUAUUGUCUUUGCCUUGCACACAUGUUCAGCUUCUUGUACUCUCCAAGUACAAAGAUUAUGUAAAAGUACUUGAAUGUAAAGUUUCCAGCUCCCCAAAUGCAUAUAGCCUGUUAAAGUGAUGCUGCACUAAAUAAUGUUUACCUGAUUGGUCACGUUUAUGCUUUUAUUGGCUGUUAAGAAGCUUUAUUUUACGACUGUCCAAAAAAACAAUAAACCUAACAUACUUUUUAAAA